AUGAACGCAACCACAGACCCCGCAAAUGCAACUUCGCAAUACUCGAUCAUGGACUCAAUAUCCUUGUUCGGCUUGAUUGACGGAGGGAAGCUACGAAAUGGAGUUGUGGCUGAGGCACUGCCAACCGCUGCAUCACUGGUCUGUGUAUUUGAUGAGAGUCCUGCAACGUCGAAAUCUUGUUCGAGUUCAGAUCUGUUGUAUCAGUCAAGCCGCCUGGGGGGAGCAGGAUCCAAGCGAUAA